CGCCCCCUUCCAGCCAGAGGAGCCGCUGCUGCUGCCCGCUUACUGUCGCUUUGAGCUCGUGCAGCCCCCCUGGCCUCGCUGUCCAAACUAACAUUUAGGUUUUAAGCGGCUUCUGUCUGCCGUCCGUCCUCGCCUGCUUUCAUUUUUGCUGUAUGGUCUUGGUUUGCGUGGUGCGGACGGAGACUGGAGGGCGUUUCUACUAAUUCAUUCACAAACGGGGCAACAAUGGCAGCGCAGGACUUCAAUUUCUUGCUCGCUACGGAUUCGUACAAGGUUCAUCAACAUCUGGCUGUUGGUGCUCUGGGGCUGAGCAGCACAGUUUUAUAAAUUAUCACACACUACAAACAGUAUCCUCCAAACGUCAGCAAAAUUUACUCCUACUUUGAGUGCAGGCAGAAGAAAGGCUCUCAGUUCAAUGAGGUGGUGUUCUUCGGUCUGCAGUAUUUGCUUAAGAAGUACCUCACAGGCCCAGUUGUGACCGAGGACAAGAUUCAGGAGGCCAAGCUAUUCUACCAGAUGCAUUUCAAACAGGCUGUGUUUGAUGAAGAGGGCUGGAGAAAAGUCCUAGAGAAACACAAUGGCCGUCUUCCUAUUCGCAUCAAAGCGGUUCCAGAGGGGAAGAUCAUACCAAGAGGCAACGUUCUGUUUACUGUGGAAAAUACAGAUCAGGAUUUCUACUGGCUCACCAACUACAUUGAGACCAUGCUGGUGCAGAUGUGGUAUCCCAUCACAGUAGCUACCGUAUCCAGAGAGUUUAAGAAGAUUCUGGCCAAACACCUGAAGGCCACUUCAGGGAGCGUGGAGGGCCUGGAGCUGAAGCUGCAUGACUUCGGCUACAGAGGAGUCUCAUCCCAGGAGUCUGCAGCUUUGGGUGGAGCCGCUCACCUGGUUAAUUUCUGUGGUACAGACACGAUAGCCGGAGUAUUGAUGGCUCAACGGUAUUACGGCUGUCCGAUGGCUGGCUUCUCCAUCCCAGCGGCUGAACACAGUACGAUCAUAUCCUGGGGGAAGAACAAGGAGAAGGAGGCCUUUGAGAGGAUCCUCGACCAGUUUCUGUCGGGACCAGUGUCGGUGGUCAGUGACAGCUACGACAUCUUCAAUGCCUGCAAACACAUCUGGGGAGAUGAGCUGAAGGAACGCGUGAUGGAGCGCAGUGAGGACUCCUGUCUGGUGAUCAGGCCCGAUUCUGGAGACCCAGCAGAGACUCUAAUUGAGGUCAUCAAGAUUUUAGGAGAGUGUUUUGGCUACAGUCUGAACUCAGUGGGAUACAAGGUUCUUCCAUCUUACCUGCGGAUCAUCCAAGGGGAUGGCAUUGACCUCAGCUCAGUAGAUCAGAUUCUUGCUAACCUGAGUGAUGAAGGGUGGAGUGCUGAGAAUGUGCUUUUUGGCUGUGGCAGCUCCUUGCUUCAGAAGCUAAACAGAGAUACACUUAGCUGUGCAUUCAAGUGCAGCUAUGUAGAGACCAAUGGUAAAGGGAUGGAUGUGUGCAAGCAGCCAGUGACCGACCCGUCCAAGGGGUCGAAGCGGGGCCGGUUAUCGCUGAGGAGAAACUCGGACGGCUUCCUCGAGACAAUAGAGAGAGGAGCAGGCAAACCGGAGGAGGACCUCCUGGUGACUGUUUUUGAGAAUGGCAGCCUGCUGCAGGACUACUCUCUGGACGAGAUCAGGAAAAACGCUCUGCUUCAGGACGACGAGCCAAACCCAAACCUGUACAACCACGAACGGGAGCUGCUGCACAACCACAUCAUCAGCAGCAUCCAUUAGAACACCCGGACGACUCGUAGGACUCACGGUACUCUGGGCACAACGGGGAGUGGCGGCACACAGACUAGCCAUUUUUUUUUAAAGCACCAACUACAUGAUGAAAGUCUUGAUUAGUCACUGCCAAGAGCCACCAACAACCCACCACUGCAAUCUUCAUAUCGAAGAGCCACAACAUGUCUGUGUUCACUCCCAUCUGCUUCCCUCACUCCCGUAAUUCUUGCACAAUCACCUGGUGUCCCAUAAUGCUGCAGCAGUGAACACAGCAGCGUAGUCUUGACACUAAACGUGACCAACUAAAGCUCAGGUUAAGAUAUAAGCUAAGUUACUCAUUUCCAAAAAUGUCUUGUGCUCCUAUUGAGUUCUACGUCAGAGGUGGGCCAAUAGAUCAGCUGGACACAGGAAACAUUUGCAAUUGUUGUGCAUCAGCCGAUGUUCCAGUGAAGUUCGGUCCCGUCAGACUCUGGUGGACAUUUAGAGAGCUGGAACUUUGUGAACGACGAAAAGCCAUAAAAACUGAAAAUAUCUGGCCUUUCCUACUGGCCAGCAGUGUUACAGUAUCAUGUCAUAGUAUUUCCGUAUCUUCGUCAAUCUUUGAAAGCAGACGCCUCCUGUCACAAUUCAACAACAAGUUCAGGAAAUAACUAUGAAACGAUGCGAACAGUUGCAUCAUAACAGCAGUUUAUGUUCAUACCAUUAGGCAGGCAUGUACUUUGUAACAUUGCUCUGUCCAGAACCCCAAAGUAUCCAUUUUUUAAUUAUUCCAUAACAUUUAAGUUGUCAUAAGAAUGUGGCUUUUUUUUUUCUUUAUGUGGAGUGAAAUGUUUAGGAAAUGUCAUUUCAGUAAUAUUGACUAAAUGCUUUCAUGGGAGUUCAGUCCUCAUCCAUUUCAGGCGUUUUCAGACAGCAGUGUUGUCUUCAGUCACAGCCCUCUUACCACCUGCUGGCUCUUAAAGGAACAGCGCUUUGCUGCGAAGAAACCCAUUGCAAUUAUUACGUUUGGUACCAAAAAGUACCGUGUACUCAGCAGCUUAUCAAGGGAAAAACUGAAAUCUGUGUAAGAAGAAUAACACAGAUGCUUCUAUCACAGCCUUAUUAAUACAUACUUAACAUUGAGCUUAAUUAGAAAGCCAUGCUACUGUAAACUGUUCAGAUUAUAGACCAAGCAGAGAUUUUAUUGUCUUUGGCUAAAAUGUCCCAUUUUCCAGGCCCGGUCCUACGUCACCAUGGUUACGGCUGUUUCUGUUUAAUCGUGACCACAGCAGACUAGCUGACUCACAUUUCCCUUGGUGUUGCUCUUGCCGGCUUACAGUGCUAACAUGCUAACAUGUUAGCUUCGGGGACUGGACUCGGGCCUUGCUGCUGUUGUGGAAGGAAAACUAAAAGGUCACAUCCAGGUGGAAUAAAGCAUGUUUUUAAUGACAAGCUGGGACAUUACACAAGUGCUUUUAUUAAUCUUGCACAGCUCAAUAUCAUGGCUGAACUUUUUAAUUGUAUAAAAUGAUAUUUAUUUUUGGAAAGGUGUAGCGCUCAUCUGGUUUUCUGAUUAAAAAUGUCUGAUUCACA